AUGACGACGGAGCGACCAUGGCAGCGCUGGCUGCUCGACUUGAUCACGCCCCCGAAACUUGGCGACAACAUAUGCGUCAGCGUGCCUCCUCUCAUGUUGGAGCCUGCGCCAGACAAACACGUCGCGAUCUACGCGCGCUCCGGCGUUCCCACCGACCACCUGAUCAAAGCACCACCAGUAACGCCAGCUCCAUCCUCGCCCGAACUGAACUCUUCUUCUCAGACCUCACCAACCGUCGAGUCGGAUACACCAACAGCCGCGUCGUCGCUCGAGUCGCCCACACCUAACACGGGCACGGUCAAGCGCAGGCCAAAAGUGCUCAACAAGGUGUCGUAUACGCUCGAGGACGCGAUGCCUACACCGCCUGUCACACCCGCACGUGCAACCUUCCGCAUCGAACGUCCGCGCCCCACUCUCGCCACACUCGAACAUGCCGCUGGAAACGCGCUGUACUUUGAACAGUACUAUGAUGCGCUGGCGCGUGGGUUGCGCCCACGCCCGCUACGCGCCAAGCGCGCCAAAGUCGACUUUAGGAGUUUUCAAGUCGGGCGCGUCAUCGGACAGGGCGCGUUCGGCGUCGUAUACAUCGCCCACGAUAUUCGCCGGAAUGGGAUAGUCGCUAUCAAACAACUCCGCAAGACAGAUCUCCUCCGGAUGGGCCAGGAAGGCCAUGUCUGCGCCGAGAAGGACCUGCUGAGCACCGCGACGAGCAUGCAGGGCGUGCGCUGGAUACCGUCGCUGCACUGUGCGUUCCAGGACAGGGACCACCUCUUCCUUGUGCUCGAGUACAUGGGCGGUGGUGACCUGCUAACGCUGCUCAUGGCGCGCGGCUGUCUCCCAGAGAACGAGAUGCGGUUCUAUGCUGCCGAGAUGGUUCUUGCGCUCCACCAGGUCCACAAGCUCGGGUACAUCCAUCGCGACGUCAAGCCCGACAACUUUCUGUUCAAUCACCAGGGCCAUAUACGGGUAGCUGAUUUUGGUCUCGCCACCGACUUGCACUGGUCCCACGACUCGAGCUACUACGAGCACCAGCGUCGGGCCGUUCUGAAACGACACGGUAUUCCUCUUGCGCGUCCAGCAUUCGGGAAUCGGCGGAGACGAAUCGAGCCCGCACCAAACGCGCCACCAGGAUGGGCAGACAAGUCCAAGCUCCUCAGCUGGCGCAAGCAGCGCCGCCGCAUGGCAUACACGAUCUGCGGAACAAACUCGUACAUGGCGCCAGAGGUAAUACGCGGCGUGGGGUACGGGUUCGGCGCAGACUGGUGGGGUCUGGGUAUCAUCGUGUACGAAGCGCUUUAUGGUUCGGUGCCAUUUAUGGGCAACUCGCGCGAAGCAGCGCGCCAGAAGAUCCUGGACUGGAAGCAAAAUCUCAAGUUUCCUCGGUCGCCACGCUCGUCAGUGCUCGCCAUUGACUUUAUCAGGAAACUCCUGUGCGAGCCAGAGGACAGGCUCGGGUAUAUCCCCCAGUCUAAGCGGCGUGGCUCGUUCUCAGCCGUGCCACUUCUGGACGAGCCGCCACUGGGAAGCGAUGGCGUCGAGCAGUUGAUGAAUCACCCGUGGUUCUUCGGCAUUGACUGGGACACACUGCACGAGCAGAUGCCGCCAUAUCAGCCCAAUCUCGAGACGCCAGACGACACACAACACUUUGACGACGAUAUCCCAAAUGAGCCGCUCGCACCAGCCAACUCGGCACUUGACCUUCGUGAUCCACUCCUCGGUAACCCGGCAUACGGCCCGCAGGUCAUGGCGAUCCGCAAGGAACUCGCAUUCAAGGGUUGGACGUUCCGCUCGCCGACGAGCUACGACGAGCCGCCAGACGAGGUGUACACCGAGCCUUCGGCGUCCACGCGGUACGCGGACAGCGUUGAGCUAGGUUACGCUAGUGACGGGGACUCGUUUACUCGCCGCAAUGAGCGCGAGCAGGAGAACGAGCACGAGGACGAGGUGGUGCUCUCCGACGACGACGAUCCAGACUACGAGCCCUACCCGCGCCCAUACCACGAGAGCAGGCAGUACCCGACCUACGGGCGGUUAUACGAGGGCGCGCCUCGGCCGCGGGUCAAGAGUGCCUUCGCGAUCCGAUCCCCUGAACCAACAUCUGACUCGGGGUACGGGUCCGAGGAACAGCGGUAUGCGACUGACGGAGAGCUAUACGGCCGCUUCAGCGAGAGUACGGACAGUUUGACACUCGAGCGCGAGUUCGAUCGCCUCGGUGAGCUCGUUAAGUGGCAGGAGAUUGUCAAGGAUAGCGUGGCGGCUGAGGCAGCACUCGCGGCUGCUGCUGCUGCUGCGGCACAGUGGAAACGUCUCAGUGAAAUGGACGGAGAGAGUCUAGGAGAGGGGACGCCGCGCGCUAGUGAGGCGACAGUGCGCGCGUCACAGAGACUCAAGAAAGCUUUGAAGGCGAGAGUUUCGCGUGUGGCGUCGUAG